AUGCAGUGCGGGGCGUUGCUUAAUCCAUUGGCAACUGGAAAUUCUGGUUUCAAGUAUUACAUAUUUCCAUAUCAAUAUGCGAUGGUGGUGGAGACAUUUGCAAAUCUGGGUUUGGUGUACUACAUUUUUUUGUUGGGUUUGGAGAUUGAUUUCUCUCUAGUCAAGCGAUUUGGAAGUAAGGCUCUUAGCAUUUCCAUCGCUGGACUUGUUGGCACAUUUUUUGUCGCCGUUUGUAGUAUUAGCGUGCGUUCAAGAUUGAAGGACGACCAGAACACCAAUGAAAAUGGUGAAGUAAUGUUUUGGGUAGUAGCUCUUGGUGCUACAAGCUUCUCUGAUCUUGCUAAAAUUCUUUCUGACCUUAAGCUUCUUCGCACAGAAACAGGCAUGACAGCCAUGUCUGCUGCCAUCAUCACCGAUUUGAUUACUUGGCUUUAUUUCAUAAUCACGGUCGCAUACUUCGUCACCGAAAAACAUAGAGCUUUAUCCAUCAUCAGCACGCUUGCUUUUGCCUUGAUAUCUUGGUUUCUGGCACGUCCCAUUUUGUCUUGGGCCGUUUCCAAAACAAGUAAACAGAGGAAUGAGUCUCACCUAUGGUUUGCUUUUAUCGGGGUUGCACUCUUUGGAACUAUCAGUGACGUACUUGGUGCCCAUUCUAUCGUGGGUGCUUUCAUUUUUGGGGUUAUCAUGCCAAGAAGCCAUGGAUUCAGCAAUAUGCUUACAGAGAAACUUGAUGAAUUUGUAUCUACCAUUUUGAUGCCUCUUUUUUAUUUCACCAGUGGGCUAAGAACUGAUAUUAGAUAUGUAGUAAUUAAUGUAGAGAUGUCUUUUCUUUUUGUUACGGUUCUUGGGAAUUGUGCAGCCAAGGUUAUAAGCACUUAUCUCGUCUCAUUAAAGUAUGGAAUGCCAACUAGAGAUGGCCUGGCUUUAGGAUUCCUCAUGAACACCAAAGGAAUUUUCCCCCUCAUCAUCCUCAAUGCUGCUCGUGACAUGCAAGCUUUGAGCAACCGAUCCUUCCCUCUCUUGGUGCUGAUUCUCUUAAUAAUAUCAUGCGUAACGAAGCCCAUCUUGUCUCGCAAUUAUAGGCUCAAAAAUGUGUUUGGGCUUAGCAUUACAGAAAAAAUGACUCAAUACACAGGGUUUCGGAUCCUAGCAUGUGUUCAUAACUUGGGCAAUAUAUCAGGAAUUACCAACCUUAUAAAACUUUCUAAUCCAGCCCCACAAUCUCCACUCUGCAUCUUCGCCGCCCAUCUUGUAGAAUUCACAGGCCGUACUGCAGCCUCUGUGCUCAUCAUGAAGGAUGAAUACAAGAGUUUUAAAUCAGGUAAGUUUAACGAUUAUUGCUCAAAAAUUGAAGAGCCUGACCAGAUUGCCAACGCUUUUGCAUCCCUGGAGAAGGAGGAUAACUCUCUCACAUCUCACAUCAUCACUGUUGUCUCCCCUUUUGACACCAUGCACACGGAUAUUUGUACCCUAGCUAAGGAAAAAUCUGUCCACUUUAUCAUCCUACCUUUUCAGAAAGAUUCUGGAGAGGAGAACCAAGAUUCUGAAAAUAUCAAUGAAAAAGUGCUUAACAACGCCCGUUGCUCCGUUGGAAUACUCGUUGACAGAGGGAUGAGUGUAACCCGUUCAGAUUCACAAAAGUUGACGGGUGAUCGUAGCUUCCACGGGUAUCUUCCACCUAAAAUAUUAUCCAACAAACAAAUUAUCAUGUUCUUUCUUGGAGGACCUGACGAUCGAGAAGCUUUGAUGUAUGCAUGGAGGAUGGCGGGAGAUCCAAAUGUAAGCUUAACAGUGGUGAGAUUCGAGAUGAGUGCUGAUGAAGCACAAACAACAGAAAAGACAUGGCAGACGGAGAAAGAAAUGGACGAGGAGAUUUUGUACGAGUUCACCUUCAAAACUGCGAAUGAUUAUUCCAUAAUAUAUAAGGAGAAAGUAGUGAAUGAUGGGGUAGGAGUUAUACAAUCUAUAAAAGAAAUAGAAGACGCCUACCAUUUAUGCAUAAUUGGACGAGGGGCAAAAGUAAAAUCGCCAUUGUUAAAAGGUUUAUCAGACUGGGAGACAUGUCCAGAUUUGGGAACAAUUGGAGAUACCUUGAACUCAUCUAACUUCCCAUUGCAAGCGUCGAUUCUAGUAGUUCAGCAAUAUUCACCAACUCACGAUGGAAAUUGA